UGGGAUAUGCUUGUUUUUUUUGUGGGGGCUGUUCUUAAAAUGUUUGUUCAAGAUUAAUUAAGAAAAACAUGUCCAAGUUAAAAGGAUAACCCACUCCGCCCAGCAUAUUGUCACCAUGGGAAAAACUGUAGGGACUCUGCAACUUUUGAUCGGCUGCUGCAAGACCACUUCUGAGUCAGAUGGCCGCCAAAACGACACAGAUGAUAGAUCCGAGUUACCUGCACCGCCACCUCACCAGUUGAAGGAAUAUGAUGAUAGAUCCAACUUACCUGCACCGCCACCUCACCAGUUGAAGGAAUAUGAUGAUAUAUCCAAGUUACCUGCAACGCCACCUCACCAGUUGAAGAAAUAUGGUUAUGAAAAACUAGCAUAUGUAACUGGGUAUUUCUCCGGAGACUAUCUCCUUGGGGAGGGUGGUUUUGGACAAGUCUACGAGGCAACCUUAGAUGGUGUAAAAGUUGCUAUAAAGAAACUUAAAGUACCAAAGCUGGAAAAUAAAUUGGAGGAGAGUGAGUUCCUUACCUGUGUGAAUCAUCCAAACAUUGUUAAGAUGAUUGGGCUUUGCAGGGAGGGAUCCAAUAGAGUGCUUGUUUUAGAGUUUGUUCCUAAUAAGACAUUGACAUAUCAUUUACACGAUGAAAAGAACAAGACUCUGGACUGGCCAACCAGAAUGAAAAUUGCCUUGCAAUCUGCACAUGGGUUGCUAUAUUUACAUCAAGGCUGUGAACCAAAAAUUAUACAUCGAGAUAUGAAAGCAGAUAAUAUUCUGCUUGAUAAUAAUUUUAAUGCGAAGGUUGCUGAUUUUUCACUUUCUAGUUUUUUGUCGGAUACUGAUAAAGUUUCCCACAUCACCAGUCUAUUUAGGGGAACUAAUGGUUAUGCGGAUCCAGAAUAUGGUAAUACUCAAAAAAUUUCAGAUAAAUUAGAUAUAUAUUCUUUUGGUGUUAUACUUUUAGAAUUAAUUACCGGAAGAAAACCUUGUUCUGAUCACGGGAUGCUACAAUAGUCAAAUGGGCUAAAAGUAGGAUUGGACAAACUUUGUACGAGGAUGAUUGUACGAGCCUUGUUGAUCCAAGAUUGAAAGAGUAUGAGGAAGAAGAAAUGAUAAGAAUGAUUUAUUGCGCUGCUGCUUCUCUAUAUAAACCUUCACCUUUUCGACCAAAUAUAAAACAGAUAAUUGAAGUUCUUGAUAGAAAAAUGUUGCCCAAGGAGAUAAUGGAUAGGAACGACAUCGACGGUCUGCUGGGUACCA